AUUUUUCCCGCUUUUGGAAAGGCCAAAAAAAAUAAAAAAUAAAAAAACAAUUAGCAGAAAUUCGUAUGAAGAACAACCGUCCCUGUUUAUCCUCUCUGUGACAGAGAAACGAAAGAGUGAGAGAGGUGUGAAAUGGUGUAGCAGCUUUAAACUUGAGCUUACACAACACAUAGUUGGAGCUGAGUGUGAUACUUUUAACGAUUGCCGGUAACAAUGGCUAUCGGCGCCGUUGUUUCAAGCCGGAAUUUCUGUUCUAUCACCGGUUCAGGAAAAACAUAUAAAGCAGAUCAAGCCACAGCACAUCACCGAGGAGAGCAAUUUGGAUUUGCUGCUUCACGGUGUGUUUAUAGAAACAUGUUCUGCAUAAGACUGCGAGUUCCAAGGGAAAGCUAUUCUAUAACUGGAGCCUCUCUGCUCAGUAUCAAACCUGCGGGACCAAGAGCAACAGCCCAUGAUGAAGGGGGCGAUCCUCUUUUGAUGUCCAGGCAACAUAGUGAAAUGUUUCAGAGACUCAAUCCGCGGCGAAGGUUCACAGGUCUGCGUGAAUGCUGUUUUUCAUCAACUCCUUCCUACGGCUGUUGGAUUCAACCAAGAAAAUUGGAUAAGCUUGGUAUAAUUGACGGGAAAUGGCAGCAAUCAAAGCAUGCAAUUGUACAUAACAUCCGAGCUGGGUAUAAAUCUGAUGAGUAUGACAUAGCAGAAACAAAGUUAGAGUCAUUUGUUAGCUCAGAUGGGUCAGGUGAGGGCGCUUUAAUGGAAGGGUUACAGCAAAUAAAACCUUGGUGGGAGCAGUUUCCAAAACGCUGGGUGAUAGUGCUGCUUUGUUUUGCUGCAUUUCUGUUAUGCAACAUGGACCGUGUGAACAUGAGCAUUGCGAUCCUUCCAAUGUCAAAGCAGUAUAACUGGAACAGUGCUACUGUUGGUCUUAUUCAGUCUUCUUUCUUCUGGGGCUAUCUGCUCACUCAGAUCGUCGGUGGUAUAUGGGCAGAUAAAAUUGGUGGGAAACUAGUAUUGGGUUUUGGAGUGAUCUGGUGGUCAGUUGCAACAGUUUUGACACCUCUUGCUGCCAAAAUUGGGCUUCCUUUUUUACUUAUCAUGCGUGCCUUUAUGGGAAUUGGCGAGGGUGUUGCUAUGCCUGCUAUGAACAAUAUGCUCUCUAAGUGGAUUCCAGUCUCAGAGAGAAGCAGAUCACUUGCAUUUGUAUACAGCGGCAUGUAUCUUGGGUCUGUAACAGGGUUGGCUAUUUCUCCUAUUUUGAUCCACAACUUCGGAUGGCCAUCUGUGUUCUACUCUUUUGGUUACCUUGGAAUUAUCUGGUUUGCAUUGUGGGUGAUCAAAGCACAUAGCUCACCCAAGGAAGAUCUCGAGCUUACAGCCCAGGAAAAAAGGCUUAUCUUGGAAGGCAGUAUUUCAGAGGAACCUGUCUCUGUCAUCCCAUGGAAAAAAAUAUUAUCGAAAGCACCUGUCUGGGCUCUCAUUAUCUCCCAUUUCUGCCAUAAUUGGGGAACUUUUAUCCUUCUGACAUGGAUGCCUACCUAUUAUAACCAGGUGUUGAAGUUCAACCUCACUGAAUCUGGACUGUUUUGUGUGUUGCCAUGGUUGACCAUGGCUGUGUUUGCAAAUAUAGGAGGUUGGAUUGCAGACACACUAGUGAGCAAGGGUCUGUCCAUAACGGUUGUUCGUAAGAUAAUGCAGUCGAUUGGAUUUUUGGGCCCUGCAUUCUUUCUUACACAGCUGAGCAAUAUCAGGACGCCUGCUUUAGCGGUGCUAUGCAUGGCAUGCAGUCAGGGAUCAGAUGCAUUCUCACAGUCUGGCCUCUAUUCCAAUCAUCAAGACAUUGGCCCGCGUUAUGCUGGAGUCUUGUUGGGACUAUCUAACACCGCGGGAGUGCUUGCUGGUGUCUUUGGUACGGCUGCAACUGGAUACAUACUACAGAAAGGUUCUUGGGAUGACGUGUUUAAGGUGGCUGUUGCAUUGUACAUCAUCGGAACAUUAGUAUGGAACUUCUUUUCAACCGGAGAGAAAAUUCUUGACUAGAACUGCUGCAGAAAGGGUGGAGAGAUGCAGCAUUCAUAACAGGGGAGAUCAAAUUGUAAAACCAGAUAUACGGGGAUGAAUGAAGGUUAGUUUGCGUGAACCUAAAUGCGACUCUUGACGAUUUUGUAAGUUGGCCCCAAAAAACUUGCUUACAUGUUAUUAUCUUCUGCUUUCAUUCUAAUUUACUUGUACUCAAAUUAGAUAGAGCACUCCCGGGUAAUUUACACCCAUUAAACAUUUCCUCAUCCCUAACAGUCCUUGAAGGUGCAAGCAAUCUGUCAAAGACAACCUCAUAUGAACUUCAAAAUCUCUAAAGUUGAUGAUAUCGAAUAUCUGUACUGUUCUUAAAUCUUAUUAUAAUACUUUAAACCUCGUUAUUGAGCUUAUUCACAUAUUUUUGCUGCUAGUUUGUUGUCGCUUUUCUAACAUGAAUUAGGGGUGGUCAUGGGCCAUCUGUUUUAGUUUUGCAAGUCUUCUAUUUUCCAGAUCUUCGCUUCGAUUAAUCAUUUC